AUGAAUAAGAGAACUCCAUUCAAAUAGGGAAAUGAGAAUGAGAAAUAAAUCAAGUACACAAUAUAAUUAGACUUGUCAACUAUAAUUACUUGGGUUUAUGGAGAUCGAAAUUGUUUCAUCGGGUUCAAAUUCAGAUGGAAAUAGAAGAUGAAAACAAUGAUUUUGGAUUAAUAUAAAUGUUUGAAACUCAAAAGCAUUUUCGAUGGAAAAGUCUCAUAUAAUAAUCUUGUCAAAAUGUUUAAUAGUGUAAAAUCAAUCCGAGAGCAAUCAAAUAAUGCAGUAAUAAGAGGGUUUUGA